GGGAGAAGGCAAGGGGAGGGAGCGAGAGAGAGCGAGGUAGAGCGCCACACACAACGAGGGAACCCCAUCAGCUGGAAGACGAGUAACAUUACAACUCUCAGCAGCCUCAAACUACCACUUUACACAGACGAGAUUAUACAUUAUUUGAGGAUAAAUUCGCGUUGCAUCACGGCAGUUUUCUCUGUACAACGGUGCCGCUUUCUUCUUAAUCUAGAGCGUUUGUUUUGUGUUUUUUGGGGAAGGGGGGGACCAAAACUGGCGAGUGGUGAGCAUGGAGUAUUUCAUGGUACCAGCUCAGAAGGUGCCCUCUUUGCAACAUUUCAGAAAAACGGAGAAAGAAGUCAUUGGAGGUCUCUGUAGUUUGGCCAACAUUCCUCUAACACCUGAAACAGCCCGGGACCAGGAAAGACGAAUACGCAGAGAGAUUGCCAAUAGCAAUGAGCGUCGGCGUAUGCAGAGCAUUAAUGCUGGUUUUCAGUCACUGAAAACACUCAUCCCACACAGUGAUGGAGAGAAGCUCAGCAAGGCUGCUAUCCUGCAACAAACUGCGGACUACAUUUUUACUUUAGAACAGGAGAAGACACGGCUGUUGCAACAGAACAGUCAGCUCAAACGAAUCAUACAAGAACUAAGUGGAUCAUCUCCUAAAAGAAGGCGUGCAGAAGAAAAAGAUGAAGGGAUUGGGUCUCCUGAUAUUCUAGAGGAGGAGAAGACAGAGGACCUCAGACGCGAGAUGAUUGAACUGAGGCAGCAGCUAGAAAAGGAGCGUUCUGUCAGGAUGCUCUUGGAAGAACAGGUGCGUUCACUGGAUGCACAGUUUUAUCCUGAGAAGCUGAAAGCUCUUGCCCUACAUAUGCAGGAUCAGCAGACACAAAGCCUUGUCCAACUUCAGCACCAGAAACAGCUGGAGAGGGACCUCACUCCAGUGCACAGCCCACAGGUGCUUGCACCAGCCACCCCUCCUGCCCCCACUCAUCAUGCUACGGUUAUUGUCCCUGCACCUGUCCAACCUCCACUGCCCCAUCACGUCACCGUGGUAACCAUGGGUCCGGCCUCUGUUAUCAACACAGUGUCUACAUCGCGACAGAAUCUGGACACCAUUGUUCAAGCAAUCCAGCACAUUGAAGGCACCCAGGGUAAAUCUAGUGCAGGUGAGGAGGAGCAGAGGAGAGCAGUUAUUGUUACUUCUGGACGUCUUCUGUCAGAAGCUGUCGGCUCAGACACAGCCUCCAACAGUGACGGGCCAGAUGACUGCUCACUGCCCUGAAGAGGACUCCUUUCUUUCUGCAUGCCGUACACACACACACAUACACACACACACACAGACACACACACAUACACACAUACACGCUCAACAGCACUAUGAGGACCUUCAUAAGGUUGACAGACAGACUAAAGCACUCGUUAAGAUUUUUAUAAACGCUCUUUUUGUCAGCCCAGAGGCAUAGACUGAAUCUUAGACUGGUUUAAAUUUUCUAGCAGUCCUUGUUUUCAGCCCUCUAAAUUUAAUCUAUAUCGUAUUAUUUUAUCAAGUACUCAAUGAAAGCUUUUUUAAAAAGUUUUCCUCAGAAAGCUCCACAUCCAUUUUUCUAUAGACACAUCAUGUAGAAUUGGUAAUCAUUGCAACUAUUUACUUUUCCUGUCCUCAGAACGGCUUUUGGGAUCUUGAAUUUGUUUAUCUUUAGAUCCCUCCUGAGAGAUAAUAUUUUGUAUGCUUCGGAUUCUCUAAGCUAGAAUUUCAAAGAGAAUGUAAUAGAUACAGAUGUGGACAAAAUUGUUGGUACUCUUCUGGCAAUGAAAGAAAAAUCAACAAUCAUCACUGAAAUAACUUGAAACUGAUAAAAGCAAUGAUAAAUAAAAAUUUACUGAAAAUUGUCCAACAAACAUCAAACAUUGCUUUUCACCUGUGGUUAAACCGAAUCAUAAAAAAAAACUAAAUAAUGAAACUGGCCUGAACAAAAAUGAUGGUACCCUUAACUUAAUAUUUUGUUGCAGAACCUUUUGAUGGGAACGAUGCAAACGAUGCAAACAAUGCAAACAAACGAUUUCUGUAAUUGUCAAUGAGACUUCUGCACCAGCCAACAGUAGGGUCACCAAAUGUCAAUUUUUCCCUGGACAUGUUUUUCACAUCCUGUCCUGGCCGUCCGUUUUUUUUGUUUUGUUUUUUUUUAUAUAAAGUGAUGGAAAUAUCCGGGUUUCAUUAUUUUUCAUUGGGCCGUUAAAUUGACCGGCUCUUGUAGCUCUCUUGCUCAGAAGGAGUGAGCAAACACAAACAGUUGGUCAGCCUGCAACAUGCCGAAGUGUAAAUGCACAUUUAACAAUGACUUGAACAAGAAAUUCCCCGCUUUCUGUCCUGGUCGAGACAAGUGGGAGGCCAUGUGCACAGUGUGCAAAGCAGGCACAUAUGUUUCGGUGUUCAGUGGGGAUGCCAGGGACCUCAAAGCUCACCAGGACACCGACAAACAUUAAAAAGCGUUGCGAGAGUAGCUCAAUGUCGAUGGCAAGGCCCCACCUCCCACUCCCGAUACAGUGUCCUGAUUUUCACAAACAGAAUUAUGGUCACUGUAGUCAACAGGUAUUUUGACCCACUCCACAUGAGCAAACUGCUCUAGUUGUCUCAGGUUUGAAGGGUGCCUUCUCCAGACAGCAUAUUUCAUCUCCUUCCACAGAUGUUCAGUAGGAUUGAGAUCUAGGCUCACAGAAGACCACUCCAGAACAGACCAAUGUUUUGUUGGUAGCCAUUGUUGGGUGUUUUUAGCUGUAUUUUUUGGGUCAUUAUCCUGUUGGAAGACACAUGACCUAUGACAGAGCAAGCUUUCUGCCACUAGGCAACAGAUUUCAUUGCAAAAUACCUUGAUAGUUUUGAGAUUUCGUUAUAUCUUGCACAGAUUCAAGACUGCUAGAUGCAGCAAAACAACCCCAGAACAUAACCAAGCCUCCUCCAUGUUUCACAGUAGGGACAGUGUUCUUUUCUUGGUGUGCUUCAUUUUUGCCUCUAUGAACAUAGAGCUGAUGUGCCUUGCCAAAGAGCUCCAGUUUUGCCUCAUCUGUCCAAAAGAUACCCAGAAGCAUUGUGGCUUGUCAAUAUGAAUUGUGGCAAACUCCAGUCUUACUUUUUAUGAUUUGCUCUCAACAGUGGUGUCCUCACAUGAAGUCCACUUUGGCUGAAAGAGUGAUGGAUGGUGUAAUCUGACACUGAUAUACCUUGACCUUCAAGUUUACAUUUAAUUUCCACAUUUAAUUUCUUUGGAGGUUGUUCUGGGCUCUUUGGUUUCCAUUCGUAUGAUCCAUCUUUUCAGUUUGUCAUAAAUUUUCCUCUUGCAGCCAUGUCCAGGGAGGUUGGCUACAGUCCUGUGGACCUUAAACUUCUGAAGAACAUGUGCAACUGUAAUCACAGGAACAUCACACUGAUUGGAGAUGGUCUUAUUGCAUUUAUCUUUAACCUGCUUGUCUAUCAUUUUCUUUCUAGUCUCCUGCCACAAUUCUCUUCUUCACUUUAUCCAUCAUGUCACCAAACAGCACAUGUCACCCUAUAAAUAGGCAAACUGACUGAGUACAAGUUUGAAGACACCUGUGAUGCCAAUUAGAGGACACACCUAAGUUUAACAUGUCCCAGUUGUCCAAGUAUUUACAAUCUUUUCUAGGAGUACCAUCAUUUUUGUCCAGGCCAGUUUCAUUAGUUUGUUUUUUUAAAUAAUUCUAUUGAACAACAAUUCAAAAGCAGUGUCUGAUUUUCAUUGGUUAUUUUUCAGGACAUUUUUAUUUAUUAUUGCUUCUCUUAAUUUCAGGUUAUUUCAGUGACCAUUGUUGAUUUUUCUUCCAUUGCCAGAGGAGUACCAACAGUUUUGUCCACAUCUGUAUAAGCGUCAUGUUGAAAAAACGGUUUUCAUGACUUCUUGGUGCUAACAGGAAAUCAAGCACGAUUUAGGAGUGCACUUAACGGUUCAUUACUACUUUGUCUUUUUGCCUUUUUGUUUUACUGGGCUGGGUUCCCAGUAAUCCCAUAUGUUGUUGCAUGUUUGUUUCAGUCAUUGCCUAUCUACAGUGAAUACAGUGCUAUGAUGAUGACACUCUCCUCUUAUGAUAAGAAGUCAAAAUAAUCAGCAGGGUCUAAGAGGUGGUCUGGAUGGUGUGGGUGCAGAGAGUGGCACCUUGUCUGCCUUGUAUCCACCUCAUACAUUCAAACAAAACUGACGUACAAUCAUCCUUUUUGAUGACUUUAAAGAGCUUCUUCUUAAACCAUGGAUAUUUGAAGUUUGAUUAGAUAAUGGGCAGCCCAUAGUUGCUCUAUGCAUUUUCUAACAUCUAUAUCACUUGUCUUGUUUGUUUACUUUGUAUGCUAUAUUUUCUUUCCUUUUUCGUGUCAUUUUAUGAUCAUUUCUGGGGUGGGAAUUUAAGGUCCAGAUGGAGAAGGUGUGUACAGCCUUCCUCCAGUGCAUGGAGGCACUGUGGCGCUAGCCUUAACACAGCCACUGGGCUCUAAUAGACUACAGUAUGUACACACCUGUUGUACGUCUCCCUAUGGUUUUUAACCCCAUAGUCCCCAUGAGAGGGUCUCACACCUCGGGUGUUAUAAUACAUGCUGACGUAUGUAGGCUUAAGCUACUUGUGCUGUUUCAUUUAUUAUAAGCAUACGUGUUGCUGGUAUAUUAUCUUCAUAUAAGCACUCUCUUGAAAUAGAGCGCACAGUGUCAUCUAGAUCUGGAUUUGCACUUGUUCUUGUGCACUGGUGCAGUGCUUGUAAACAUUCCAUUCAGUCAUAUCUGCCCUGCAUAUUGAAGCCAGGUGAGACAUGGGAAAGCCACACCUGGGACAUCAGAGAUUAUGAAUGCAGCUCUUGACUCACAAACUCUAAGUGAAAUGUGCAUUUCUUCAAAGUCAUUGUUCUGUACAUGCAUAGAUGGAGCUGCUGGACAGAGAAUGUGUUCAGGUUCAACACAUUGCAUCUAUCAUAGAAUUGCCCUUUAAAUAUAUUGAUGUCAGCUGCACUGUAGUCUGUUAAACAAAACAAAGGGGCACUUAACUCUAUCAAUGAAAGAGGGAAUUUUCCGGAAUAUCGAGGUAUGCCUUACGUUUGCGUAGUCCUUAUGUGUCUCAUAAAUUUACUUUUGUCUUUUUUUGUCAAAAGCAUGGACAUAUCAGAGUAUAGUGGGCCUGACAGAACAAAAACUAUUAAGCACUUACUGUACUAGACAAGGGGAGAUUUUUUGUAUCAGACAAAGAAAGCUUUCUGUACAGUUCCUACUUGAGGUAAAAGCAAAAACUUUACAGCUGUGUAUAUAUUUUGUCCUUUUUCCCCCAUUAAACACUUUUUAUUAUUUUGCCAACAUUCAUGCUUUCAGAUUUUUGUUGUUAUGAAGUUGUUCACAUUUUCAUAUAUUUGUUUUUUUUUGUUUUGUUUUUUUUUUGUACUUUUUAAUUUUUGACCUGUCAAUGUAUACAGUCAUCAAGAAGCUAUUUUUUUUAAGAGGAAAUGUUUUGGGGAAAAGAGGCCUGUGCCUUUGUAAAGACAGAAUAAUAAAGUUUGUACCUUGUUUUUUA